AUGAUGUCGUCAAAUGAGACACAAAAGACAGUCAAUAACCCGAUCAUUCCAUAUGUUGGGACAAUUCUUGGAGGCCUUGUUCCUGGUGAACUGGUUGUAAUACAUGGGAGUGUUCCUGAUGAUGCAGACAGAUUCCAGGUGGAUUUCCAGUGUGGCAGCAGCAUAAAGCCCCGUGCUGAUGUAGCCUUUCAUUUCAAUCCCCGCUUCAAGAGGUCUGGCUGCAUUGUUUGCAAUACACUGGAGAAGGAAAAAUGGGGCUGGGAGGAGAUCACUUAUCAGAUGCCCUUUCAAAAGGGGAAGUCAUUUGAAAUUGUCAUCAUGGUUUUGAAGGAUAAGUUCCAGGUGACUGUAAAUGAGAAGCACUUGCUGCUAUACAACCACAGAAUCAGUCUGGAAAGAAUAGAUACUCUUGGGAUAUAUGGCAAAGUGCGGAUCAAAAGUAUAGAUUUCAUUUCUAAUCCUUUACAAGGCACUCAGCCAUCAGCUCUAGGAAUAACAAAGAUAAGCACAGAAAAUGGGAAAAUGCCAGAUGAUUCACAUUUUGGAGUUCCUUAUGUUGGCAGACUGGAUUCUGCACUUCGUCCAGGACACACAGUUGCUAUUAAAGGAGAAGUGAACAAAAAUGCAAAUAGCUUUGCUAUAAACCUGAAGUCAAGCGACUCUAAGGACAUUGCGUUACACCUGAAUCCCCGACUGAAGACUAAAAUUUUUGUGAGAAACUCUUACCUCCAUGACAGCUGGGGAGAAGAAGAAAAGGAAGUUCCCAAUUUCCCUUUCAGUCCAGGAAUGUACUUUGAGUUGAUAAUUUUCUGUGAUGCCCAACAGUUCAAAGUUGCUAUUAAUGGUGUGCACACUCUGGAGUACAAGCAUCGCUUUAAACAGCUUGAAAAGAUCAACCUGCUGGAAGUCACAGGGGAUGUUCAGUUGCUAGAGGUGAGGAGCUGGUAG